AUGAUCACCAGAUUUUGUUUCGCAGCUAGGUUUCCCCCUCCCGGCGUGCUCCCGCAUGUUGUCCCUCGCCGCCCAACCCGCCCUCACGCACCACCUCCAUUGGAUCCGUCGCCUUGCUGCUGCGGGCGUGGAUCAAGAGCAAGGAAGCCGGGAGGGAGCGAUGGCCACUGGCCGCCUCACAUCGAGGUUGAAGGCCAUGACCGCUUUGUCACUGUCGUCAUGCGCUCCGCGCUGGGAGUCGCCGCCUCUUUGGCCGAUGUGGCGCCAGGGUCGACUCGGGCUGGAGCUUCCUGUGCGGCGAGAAGCCAUAUGUCUAAUGCCCUGAUCUCGCGCCGGAGCGUGCGCAAUCGUCCUCGCGCGUGGAGGCGCAGAUGCGGCCGUCGCCUCCAGGUUGUUGGGUGGGCUAUGAUCAUCGCACCGACGCAAUCGCUGGAGUCCACCAUAACCACACUGCAUGCAUGCCAAUGGCGUCGGAGCAGGCUCCAUCAGCUUUGA